AUGCCGCAUCAAAAUCCUUCAGAAUUGCCGUCUACAGCAACAAAAGAAAACUUAAAAUCUUGGUGGAAACAAUUCACUGCAAAAAAAGGAAAAAGAGAAGAUGAGGGCAAAGAAAAUGAUCAUCGAGGUGUAUUCGGUGUAAGUUUAGCUGAAGGAAUACAUUAUGCAAGUGUUCCAAUAUGUAUGACUGCUGCCGAUGGUCAACAAUAUGUUUAUGGUUAUAUACCAAUUAUUGUUGCAAAAUGUGGAAUGUAUUUAAAAUCACAAGGUAUAUUUAGGUUGAGCGGAUCAGCAAAAAGAAUAAAAGAAUUACAAAUAAAAUUUGAUACUCCACCAUCUUACGGAAAAACGUUGGAUUGGACGGGUUAUUCUGUACAUGAUGCUGCAAAUAUUUUCCGUAGAUAUCUAAAUCAAUUACCAGAUCCUGUCAUUCCACUUCAAUGGUAUGAUGCCUUCAGAUCUGUGCACUUAACACAUUCAGAUCCAACCACUAGAGUUAUUAAUUAUCAAAAAUUAAUUGCAAACCUUCCAAAAGAAAAUCAACAUUUAUUACUCUAUAUCCUUGACUUACUAGCAGUUUUCUCAUCAAAAUCAUCAGAAAAUUUAAUGCCAUCGAGUAAUUUGGCAUCAAUUUUUCAACCUGGUGUUUUAUCACAUCCAUCACACAAUAUGUCGCCCGAACAAUAUAAAUUAUCACAAGAAGUAUUGGGAUUUUUAAUUGAGCAUCAAAAUUACUUUUUGCCAACGAGUAACAUUACCACUGCUGCUUUUCAACCUAACAACGUAAUAGGAGAUAAUUCACCGCAAAAUUUAAAAGAACCAUUUGAUUUAAAUAACCCACCGGUAAAACGAAUAUCUUUAAGAAGACAAAGUCUAUCACAUGAACCAUUCGCAUUAGACACUACUUUACCAUCAUCAUCUAGUGAAAUUCAACCAUCUGAAAGUACUGGUCUUGUAAGAAGUAGAACUUUACCAAGUAAAAGACCUAAAUACUCAGAAAAUCGCAAUAGUAAUAGUG